AUGUCAUCUCCUAUUUCAUUGACAUCCAACAUCGCCUCUACAAACCCUUCCGUCAAUCAAAAGACCUCAGAUCUAGAUGUGCUUAUAAUCGGUGCAGGACCAGCCGGUUUGAUGGCUGCGGCGUGUCUGGCACGCUAUGGAGUUCACAACAUCAGAAUCGUCGACAAGAGGAUGACCCAGAUCUUCACAGGUCAAGCGGACGCUUUGAAUUCGCGGUCUAUUGAGAUCUUGCAUGCCUUGGAAAUGGGGACUCAAAUAAUGGAGGAAUCAAACGAGUUAGGGGAAAUUAGCUUUUGGGAACCGGAUGAUACCAGCCGGACUUUGACGCGGAAAUGUAGAAUCCCGGCGACUGUUCCUGGGCUCUCAAGAUACGUUCAACGUGGAAUUCAUCAAGGUCGAAUAGAGCGAAUCCUAAUGGGAAAGAUUGCGUCUUGGUCUAGUAGAUUGGGUAAAACUGGAAAACCUCAAACUUACAAGCCUUCCAUCUCUGUGGAGCGAGCUGUAUGCCCAAGCUCUCUCGAAUUACCUUCACCAACAGCUUCAGCUUUGUCUGAUUCACCGGAUGAUCGAAUUGUGGUUCAACUUCGUCAUCUUACUGAAACGGAGGCUAAACCCGCACAAUUCUCUCCACUGGCGACGGACGGACUGUUCCGCUCUAAUGUUUUUGAGAAAGAUGAGCUAGAUGCUGCUCCAAAGGGUCUACCGGAGAAGGAGGUAUUAGAGGAGGUGCGCUGUAGAUAUGUUAUCGGAACAGAUGGUGCUAGAAGCUGGACACGAAGCGCGGUUGGCUACAGGCUUGAAGGCGAAAGUUCUAAUUACUUUUGGGGGGUUAUGGAUGGAAUACCUGCAACAGAUUUUCCAGAUAUCAGACUACUUUGUUGCCUUCACUCCGCAUCAAGUGGUUCGAUGUUGAUGAUCCCUCGAGAGAACCAUCUCGUCCGGUUAUACGUACAGCUUCCGCAACCACCCAAGGGCCAACGACCAAAUCGGAGCGACAUCACUCCCGAAAAACUCCUGAAGAUGGCAAAUACCAUCUUGGCGCCAUAUACUAUCAAUAUCCCAAAGGUCGAAUGGUACACCUGCUAUGAAGUUGGCCAACGUCUCGUCAAUAAAUAUUCGUGGGCGGAUAGAAUUUUUCUUGGAGGUGAUGCUUGCCAUACUCACUCCCCCAAGCUAGCUCAAGGCAUGAACAUGUCGAUGUCAGAUACUUUCAAUUUGACUUGGAAGUUAGCUCAUGUGUUACAAGGAAAAGCUCACCCUGAUAUAUUGAAGACAUAUGAAUCCGAAAGAGCGCCACUCGGAGCUGAAUUGAUUGAGGUUGACCGCAAGCUUUCAGGCCUCUUUUCAGGUAGACCAGCUUUAGCUGAUUCAUCUGGUAUCUCACUCCCGGAGUUUCGAGAAACCAUGAGGAAAGGGAAUGAAUUUGGAACAGGAAUCUUUAUUGACUAUCCUUCAAGUGAGCUGGUGGUUAAGAAAUCGGAUCCGAAUUCGAAAAUUCAUAACAAACAGGAAUUGGCAAAAAGUGUGGUUGUUGGGCCCCGUCUUGCUAGUCAACAAGUUGUUUGCCUAGCAGAUGCCAAGCCUUAUCAUCUCUCGGAUCUUAUUCCUGCAGAUGGAAAGUGGAAGCUAUUGAUUUUCGGAGGUGAUAUCGCUAAAGACUUGGGAUGUAAAGAACGUUUAGAUCGGUUGGCUCGAUUCUUGGGAGAAAGUCAAGAAAGUCCUAUCAAGAAGUAUACACCAUGUGGUGAAGAAUCAGAUUGGAUCAUAGAUUGUAUCACUAUAUUGGCUUCUUCUAGAGUAUUGAUUGAGCCAGAUGACUUCCACGAUGUCUUAAGGCCUUUAAAAGGGAAGUACGGCUUUCGAUCAUACCAGAAAAUUUUCACGGAUGAUGAAAGCUAUCAUCAGGGACAUGGUCACGCUUAUGAAAAGUAUGGAAUUGAUUCGAAAAUCGGAUGCGUGCUGGUAGUCAGACCUGAUCAACACGUCUCUUUGAUCACCGGGAUUGAUGAUCAUGCAGGAAUCGGUGAGUUCUCACAACCCAGUUUUACUUAUUCUGAACUUUGA